UAUCAAGCUAAAGCUCUUCAAUCAUCCAUGAAAUAAUCCACCUUUUAUUUUUGUACUAUAAUAGCCACAAUGUGCUUUCUCGCUAAAACACUUUCCAAGUUAUUCCUAGCCCUGCUUGUUCUCAUCUUUCUAUCCACUUCUGCCUCCACUGCAACUUCAGCCCUUACUGAUGGACCAACUAAAGUUGGGAUGGAAGCUUAUUGUCUCUUAAGAUGGAAAGCCAGUCUCGACAACCAAAGCCAAUCUGUUUUAGAUUCUUGGGUUGGCAGAGGACCUUGCAAAUGGAUUGGGGUCACUUGUGAUAGCUCUGGAAGUAUCACCAUUUUGAGCCUCAUUAAUUUAGGCUUAAGAGGUACGCUUCACAGUUUCAAUUUUUCAUGCUUUCCCAACCUUACACGUCUUGAGAUUUCGAACAAUUCAUUGCAUGGUACCCUUCCAUCGCAAAUCUCUAAUCUCUCCAAAAUUACAUACUUGAACUUAUCUGGUAAUCAUCUCACAGGAAACAUUCCAUCUGAGAUUGGUAUGCUGAUAGAUCUUCAUACCUUAUCUCUAUCUGAAAAUCUAUUUGAUGGUCACAUUCCUGCUGAAUUUGGAAUGCUAAGUUCUCUUUCUGAGCUCUAUUUAUCAAGUAACAAUUUCACAGGUCUAAUCCCUACUUCCAUGACAAAGUUGGAAAAUCUAUCCAUUUUGUACUUGUCGGGAAAUAAACUCUCAGGUUCCAUACCUUCAAAAAUUGGAUUCUUAAAAUCUUUAGAAGAACUUGACCUGUCGAGUAACAAUCUCACCGGCGCAAUCCCUUCUUCUAUUGGACACUUGAGAAAUUUAUCACGUCUUACACUUUUCCUAAAUAAACUCUCAGGAUCCCUGCCUUUGGAAUUCAAUAAUCUUACCCGUUUGAAGUCAUUGCAAUUAGGUGAGAAUGGAUUCACCGGUCAUUUGCCAGAAGAUGUAUGCCUUGGAGGGUUACUUGAAAAAUUCAGUACUAACUUCAAUCAUUUCUCAGGUUCAAUCCCAAAAACUUUGAGAAACUGUACUAGCUUAUUCAGGCUUAGGCUAGAUUGGAAUCAAUUAACAGGGAACAUUUCAGAGCAAUUAGGAAUAUAUCCACAUUUGGAUUAUAUGGAUUUGAGUAACAAUAGAUUCCAUGGAGAGAUUCCACGGAAAUUGGGUCAGUGGAAAAGCAUCACAAGCCUAAAAUUUUCAAACAACAGUAUCUCUGGUAGCAUACCGCUCGAGCUUGGAAAUGCCACUCAAUUACAUCUGAUUGACCUUUCCUGGAAUCAUUUGCAAGGGCAAGUUCCUAAAGAAUUGGCAAAGUUGAAGCUGUUGAUGAAACUUUGUCUUAAUAACAACAAUCUUUUUGGCGUUGUUCCAUUAGAUUUCAAGGUACUAUCUAAUCUGGAUCAUCUUAAUUUAGCAGCAAAUAACCUAAGUGGUCCAAUUCCUGGACAACUCGGAGAACUUUCAAAUUUAUUGAUCUUGAAUUUGAGUCGCAAUGAAUUCACAGCAGGUAUUCCAUUUGAGUUGGGGAAUCUACAUUUUCUACAAGUUCUCGACCUUAGUCACAAUUUGUUGAUGGGAAAUAUACCACAACAACUUGGACAAUUAAGAACUCUAGAAGUGUUGAAUCUCUCAAAUAACAUGCUCUCUGGUUCGAUACCAACCACUUUUGAUAAUUUAUGGAGCUUGACUGUUGUGGAUAUAUCCUACAAUGAGUUAGAAGGUUCUAUUCCUGACGUUAAAGCCUUUCGUGAAGCUCCAUUUGAGGCAUAUAGAAACAAUAACGCCUUAUGUGGCAAUGCCAGUAGUUUAAAGGCUUGUACAUCUAUCAAGAGUGGUAAAACCAGUCGGGCAAAGAGAAAAAAUGUUGUUAUUGUGAUUGUACUUCCUGUUUUGGCGGCUCUGUUUCUAGUAUUCUUAAUUGGAGGUCUCUUGAUUCUUCUCCCACUUAGAAGAAGACAAGCCCAAUCAAGGGAAUUACAAGAUAAGGAUAUAUUGGUAAUACCAGGUCAUGAUCAGGAAUUACAAUAUGAAACGAUCAUUGAGGCCACUGAGAAUUUCAACUCUAACUAUUGCAUUGGAGUUGGCGGAUGUGGAGUUGUUUAUAAAGCUGUGCUGCCAUCAGGUCGAGUGUUUGCUGUGAAAAAACUUCAUUCAUUACAGGAGUCUGACAAGUCAAAGAACUUGAAAGCCUUUGAAAGAGAGAUUCAAGUGCUGUUAGAAAUUCGGCAUCGCAAUAUUGUGAAGCUACAUGGAUUUUGUUCACAUUCAAAAGACUGUUUUCUGGUUUACGAGUUCGUGGAAAAGGGUAGCUUGAGAAGCAUUUUAAACAGUGAUGAGCAAGCAGCAGAAUUGGAUUGGAUUAAAAGGCAGAAUAUUGUCAAAGGUGUAGCUAAUGCUUUAUCUUAUAUGCACCAUAACUGCCCUUUUCCGAUCAUUCAUCGAGACAUUUCAAGCAACAAUAUUCUUUUGGAUUCAGAAUACGAAUCUCGUAUAUCUGAUUUUGGUACAGCUAUGCUUUUAUUGUCGGACUCUUCCAACAAAGCCUCAUUUGCUGGGACCUUUGGAUACACAGCUCCUGAACUAGCCUACACAACGCAAGUGAAUGAAAAAUGUGAUGUCUAUAGUUUUGGAGUGAUAACACUGGAGUUAGUAAUGGGAACACAUCCAUGCAACCUCAUCUCAUCUCUUUGGUCAUCAAUAUCUUCGUCGUCGUUGUCAUCAUCAGAUGAUCAUGAUAAAUUGUUUAAGGAUGUGAUAGACCAGCGUCUUGUACUUCCUCAAAAUCAAGUUGCAGAGAGUUUAGUCUACAUUACCAUGUUAGCAUUUUCAUGCUUGCAUCUCAAUCCCAAAUCUCGGCCAACAAUGCAACAAAUUUCUUCAAAGUUGACAUCUAAGCAUCCUCUGGUUUCAAAGUCAUUCUCCACAAUAAAAUUAGAAGAACUACUUUCCAACAAUAUUGCCAACAUUUGAAUAAAUUUGUAAGUUUGUAUAGAAUUAUAGAUGUAGAACUUUACUUUGUAUAUUUGCUAGUUGAUCUAUGUACUAGGUUGUCAGUCACCCUCCUUUCUGGAGGUUUUGAUUUUUAGUUUGUUUUUUUGAUAUUUUUCUCUUUGUAUGCAUGUUAUCUAGCAUUUUUUUUUUAUAUAUACUUUCACUUUUUUAUGUUUUUUUUAUUUAAUAUAUCGUGUAUGGAUUAGAUGUAUAAAAGAAGCUUGCUGCCUUGGAUUAAAUAAAACUUUAGUAAACUCAAA